GGGGCGGCAGAUUAUCUUCACACAGCCAAAGGCGGAGCAGAAAACGGAAGUGGAAGGAACUAUGAAAGUCAAACUGUAGCAUGGUGCGCUGCUAACGUAACGUUACAGUACAAAAUGUCAGGAUACAGUUUAUUUAGGAUCGUCACGUUGACCAGGAGCAUCACAAACAACGGUGCGACGGCGCUGUGCAGGACGAGCACGUUAAACAGAACGCAGACAUGCGGAUACGCCAAGAAAGUUGCGGCCAAAGGGAAAGGCAAAGGCAUGAUGAAAGAAGAGGUGAAAGGUCCAGAAGUGUGUAAAGACCCCAUCAGACUUACUACUUAUGCAGUGGGGGCCAACAUCUUGAAGCAAGGAGAAGACCCUCAGCUGAAGCCUCAUGACCAAUAUCCAGAGUGGUUGUUCCAGUUGAACUUGGGAGAGCCCAAAAAGCUGCACGAGCUGGACCCAGAAGGCUGGAAAUAUUGGAAACGUCUGAGGAAAGAAAACAUUUGGCGUUUCAACAAGAUUCAUAAAGGGAAGAAGAUGUAGAACUUCACUGGACUGACAGAGGUCUUCUCUUCCUGUAUACUGGCUCGCUUCAGACACUGUGGUGGGAAUGACCUGAAGUGGUUUAUGUUCAGAGCCAGUUCAGCUUCCCGACUGACAUGUCAAUUGACCGACUCUUUGCCUCUUCCAGCGUGUUGUUUGGAAUCAUGCAUCACAUUCAGUGGGCAUCUGGGGAUUUUACUUGAAAGCUGUGAGAGAGUUCAUCAUUGGUUGUGUUAAAAAUGGUUAAUGGUAAGACCCAACACUCAAAGUGUAAUGGGUUACAACACACAAUCGGGGUAGGGCAUCCAAAAUUAAACAGUCCGCUAAAAUUUAACAUCAUAAGCUCAAGACAGACAGACACAGUCUUGACCUUAGGAGCAGUUGUUGUCCUGAGUUGUCCAUGUUAUCACGCAGUCUCCUUCAGCAGAUGGCAUCAUGAAAUUUAAUACAUUUGAAUUUCAAUGGUAUACAGUUCUGUAGUGUUGUUUUAGGGGUACUGCAUUGCAUUGAGUUAAUUUAUACAUGUAUGUAUGAAACGGCCUCUUGACACAAAUCACUUUUUCAUUGUUUUGUUUUUUUCCAGACUCAUUAUAAAUAAAUACAUUACAUGAAUA